CGUAAUUCAAAAGUUGAAAAUGGCGGCUAUGACGGGCGGUUCGUUGUCUAUUCUGGUGGAAUUCCAGAAUGCUAUUUCGAAACCACUGUUAAAGCGUUUUGAAAUGGUGACUUCAAUUAUCAUGAGCAUAAGUACAAAGGAAGCUCACCAUAUUUUCCCAACUAUAUUAGAAAGUAUUUUCGGAUUUGGCCAUGAGCCUGGUUGGAAUUUAGAAUAUAUCAACAAGAUCAAAACACCAGAAGAAUAUGAAUAUGGCAGGGCUUUUCUGUCACCAAAUGGCCCCUUAAUGAAAUUGGUAUAUCGCCUACAGUCUGAUCCUUAUUUAUCAUAUGAUUUCCCUUUGCAUUGUCUACCAGCACCAACAAGACGUUUGAUUGAAGAAGGAGCUGUGCCGGUAUUUUACGCCAACAAACUACAGAUGCAAGCAUUUGGUCGUCCUUAUCUAACUCUCACUCCAUUUGAAUUAUUUCUUUUCCAUUUUGCCUUUAUGCUUGUGAGCCCUAAAUCUAGGCUGAACUGCCCAAUUUGGGGUCACUUUUCUGCUUUUUUAUAUCCAACUUUGGUUGAGGAUUAUUUAGACUACUUGUUACCUCUGGAGAAACAGCAAAUUCCAGCCAUCCCUCAUAUGCCAUCUUUGGUGCGAAGUCCUGUCAUUCAGUCCCAGAAUACUGGUUCACCAAUCCAAUCCAGUCACUCGUCUGUUUCUCCAAAAUACAUUCCUGGUCUUCGAUUAUUCAAAUCCAGUGUUGUCACUGCUCAGAAACAACCUUUCAAAUCUCCAUCAGUCCUUGAUCAAUCUGGUACAGAAAUGUGGCAUUCGGAAGCCCUUAUUCAGGUAUUUUCUGAUUUUUGGCUGAAUCAGAACUCUGCAAAUGUCAACCAACUUGGUGUUUUGUAUCAAAAUGAGGAAUUAUAUGUACCGACAAUCAACCACAUUCGAAUAGCACGGGUGCUUGUAAAACAUCUGCACUAUUUUGUGAACAGUGCAUUACCUCCAAUAUCAUCACCGCCUUACUACCAACAGCUCCCCACAUCAAUUGAUCAAUUCAAAAAGACUACAGUUCUUGGAAUCAUUCAGAAGCGCCUUUAUACAUUUUUACGUCAUGCUUUCCACUGGUGGCCACUGGAUUCUUCAUUUCGAUUGCUAUUAGAGACCUGGUUAAGUUACAUUCAGCCUUGGCGCUAUGUUAGCCAAACUAAGCCUAACUUACGGAGUAAUAAUGAAGAGGAUGAUAAUGCAAUUAUACAAGACAGAUGGUACAGUUUUGUUGUUGAUAACUUACUGUUCUACUCUGCAAUUUUCCAUCAAAUUCUGCCACGUUUCUUCCGAAUGGAUCUUACUUCUCCCCACAAUGCUUACAUGAUGUUCAGAAUAACAAAGGUGUUCAGCAAUCCUAACCUUGUAGCUAUGCUUCACAAAGCUGAAGAGGAAAUGUAUCAACCAAUAUUCCUUCAAGCCAGUACAUCCAGAGAUAUUGGUGGUAGCUAUUUGUCUCCUGAUCACAGAUUAAAUGCUGCUCUCAAUGUUCAAAUAUCAGAAUUGGAGAGACCUGGAUUCCAAUACUUGCCACUGUUUGAUCGAACUACAGUUGAUACAGUCCGGAAAUUACUGAUAAACAUUGCCCAUGCCAAAAAAGAAGUUAGAGCUUCUGAACAGGCUGAGAAGUCAUCACAGUUUAAUUUUCCAACCAUUUGGUUAAAAAUGGCAUCUUUUUUCAACCCUAACAACUUUUCUGGUGAUAGUGAUUCCAUUGAACUACAGAGGAAGACCAGGCAACAUUUGGAGAUGGUAGAAAACCAGUUACAAUAUAUAUUUGAUAUUGCACCUCCAGAAGUUUUAUUCUAUGAUGACAACAAAGAUAAUAAUUCAAAUUUAACAAAUGGUGAUGUUCAUAAACAAUGCCAACAUAAUGAAACUUUACCUGAUUUUGAAACUACAUAUGAAGGUAAACGCCUAACUGAUGUUGGAAGACACCAGCUGAUGAACCGGCUGCGUACAGCCAACGUGAGUUACCAAGGUGAUCCAGACCUGCAACCAGUGAGAAGUUUUGAGAACGGAUUCUUGGUACAGAAUCUUUACAACAUUUGCUGUCAGAUCAACAACCAGUGUUCUACAACCAUCCACAAUUUGUAUUACCGUGAAGAUUUCCUCGGUCGAGUUAUGCGAGCCUAUAUCCAACCACCGUUGUGCCUCCGGGAUUUCUACUCACCAAACCAGUUACGCAUCACAUCAAUGUCGAGCAAACCACACAUAAGUCUUCGUCUCUUUGCCAGCUACUACAUCCUCUUUCGACUGUUGCUGCUGUACUUGAUACUCUAUCUCUGCUACGACAUCAGUUUCAUUACUUACUUCAUCAUUUUGUUCUUAAUCAUCUUUUUCUAUGGUAUUGUCCAUGGCAUCUUCAUAAAGCAGCCUGCAAAACCACCUCCAAGAAACCGCUCAGGCAGUUUUGAGGAUUUGAUGUGUAAUUUCGAAUAGGGAAAAUUAACAUUUAAAGCGAGAAAGUCAUUGACAUUUUUAUACACCUGCAAUGUAUAUAUAUCCCCAACAGUGAUAUCGACCACAAGGCGAAACUAGUAUUAUAAUAAUAAUAAUAAUAAUAAUUGUAAUAUUUAUCAUUAUCAUUAUCACCAUCUUUAGUUUAAUGUCCACUUUUCUAUGGUUGCAUGCAUUGGACAGCAUAUUGAAGCAGAUUUUCAAUGGCUGAAUGCUGUUUCUGUCACUAAGAUUCGCCUGUAACCAAGCAAAGUAAAUACUUCACCAUGGAUAGACAUGUCUGUGUAAAUGAAUGACACUGCAUAUAUAGCAGUGGCAUUCAUUUUUCAACUAGCAUGUAAUCUUAAGACAAGGAAACACACACACGGACAUGUAUAUUUGUAUGCAUACAAUAGGCUCUAAAUUUCUACCAAAUCCACAUCAAGGCUUUGGUUGACUUGGAGCUGCCAGAAAUAGUGUGGUUGGGAUGCAAACUUCUUAAUUACACAAUUAAGCCUAUACCUGUACAGCCUUACCUAUUCCUCAGUGUGUGUGUUAUUUUACUAUUUUUAGCCAGUGGUCUCUGAUCAUGCUGGAGCGAUAUGUACAUACACAUAACUGCUUUUAAUCAUAUUUAAAUUACUUCAUUCCACACCAUUCUACGUCUCUGUAAAAAUAUAAAAAUCAAAAAUUUCA